AUGUUACUGAGCGGAGCUCCUCCGGCGGGCUCCGGCCCGGGGCAGCGGGCACAGGGGAGCGCGGGGAGCGGCCCGGGGGGGUCGCGCCGGGGCGCCGGGGGAGCGGGAGCCGGCCCUGGAGGGGGCGGCAGUGGCGGAGUGGCCAAGUGGCUCCGGGAGCACCUGGGCUUCCGCGGGGGGGGCGGCGGCGGAGGUGGGGGCAAGCCGGCGCCCCCGGAGCCGGACUACCGUCCCCCCGCACCCUCCCCGGCCGCGCCCCCUGCGCCACCCCCGGACAUCCUGGCCGCCUACCGGCUGCAGAGGGAGCGCGACUUCGAAGACCCCUACUCUGGGGGGCCGUCCAGCUCCGCUGCUGCCCCAGCCACCGCCGCGGUUCCCGGCCCCACACCGCCCCCGCGCCACGGCUCGCCUCCCCACCGCCUUAUUCGGGUCGAGACCCCUGGCCCCCCAGCGCCCCCUCCCGAGGAGCGGAUCUCUGGACCCCCCGCCAGUAGCGACCGGUUGGCAAUCCUUGAAGACUACGCGGACCCGUUUGAUGUUCAGGAGACUGGUGAAGGCUCAGCAGGAGCUUUGGGAGCCCCAGAGAAGGUCCUUGAAAAUGACGGCUACAUGGAGCCCUAUGAGGCCCAAAAGAUGAUGGCUGAGAUCCGGAGUUCCAAGGAGACAGCAGCUCAGCCCCUGCCUCUGUAUGACACACCCUAUGAACCAGAGGAGGAGGGGGCCACCCCAGAGGGUGAGGGGGCCCCCUGGCCCCGGGAGUCCCGGCUGCCAGAGGAUGACGAGAGGCCCCCUGAGGAGUAUGACCAGCCCUGGGAGUGGAAGAAGGAGCGGAUUUCCAAAGCUUUUGCAGUUGACAUUAAGGUCAUCAAAGACCUACCUUGGCCUCCGCCGGUGGGACAGCUGGACAGCAGCCCCUCCCUGCCUGACGGGGACAGGGACAUCUCCGGUCCAGCCUCACCCCUCCCCGAGCCCAGCCUGGAGGACGGCAGCGCCCAGUUUGAAGGAUCUGAGAAGAGCUGCCUGUCACCCGGCCGGGAGGAGAAGGGGCGGCUACCUCCCCGACUCUCUGCAGGGAACCCCAAGUCAGCCAAGCCCCUAAGCAUGGAGCCCAGCAGCCCCCUUGGGGAGUGGACAGACCCAGCACUGCCUCUGGAAAACCAGGUCUGGUACCAUGGGGCCAUCAGUCGAACAGAUGCCGAGAACCUGCUCCGACUGUGCAAAGAGGCCAGCUACCUGGUGCGCAACAGUGAGACCAGCAAGAAUGAUUUCUCUCUGUCCCUCAAGAGCAGUCAGGGCUUCAUGCACAUGAAGCUGUCCCGGACCAAGGAACACAAGUACGUGCUGGGCCAGAACAGCCCACCCUUCAGCAGCGUCCCUGAAAUCGUGCACCACUACGCCAGCCGCAAGCUGCCCAUUAAGGGGGCCGAGCACAUGUCCCUGCUCUACCCCGUGGCCAUUCGGACUCUGUAGAUGGGUGGCCCGGGCACUGUGACAGAUCUGGACCCAGCCCUGUGCCCAUCCCCUGGCUGAGGGCUGGGGCCCCUCCCAGGGACCUGUUCUGUCAAACCUUUCUUCCCCUCUCCCUGAGAUCGAGUGGAAGCUGGAGAUUCCUUAAUUUAUUCUAAACGGGAAGGCCUACUGGGGCCUCGGAGUAAAAGGAGUAAAAGGUGGUCUGGAGCCGAGGACAGAGGAAUCCCUGGGGAGAAAGGAUAGC